GACUUUUGAUCAUGGCUGCGAUUCAUCGAAACGUCAAAGUUUGUUUUGGUUUUCCUAGUCUAAAAAAACAUUUCUAUUUGUAAAAAAGGAACAACACACAACACAGUCUCAUUACGCUUCACCAUCAUGUCUGAUGACGAAAAUGAUAACAUUUUCUCAAUGAUAUGUCGACUCUGUCUGACACAAGAUUUGGAACUGAUAAGUCUGUAUUCCUCCGAGGAAUCUAAUACAAACUCGUCCAACAGCAAAAUUUUGGAAAUCAUUGAACGAUUCACUACGAUCAAGAUACAUCCGUUGGAUAAUCUUCCACAAAAGAUCUGUACAAGUUGCAUAAACACAAUCCAGUCCAUGCUGGCAUUCCAGAACAAAUGUAAACAAAACAACGUACAAUUACUCAAAAUGACCGUAAAUCGUGAAGAAUGUGUGAUACUGGAUGAUGUGAAAGAGGAGCCGCCCCACCUGGUCGAAUCGGAAACUUCUGAUGGAUCGGAGAAUUUGCUAGAUGAAUCGUUAGGUGAAAUGGGUAAUCCGGACGAAUUACAAUGUCCCAGUCCGACCGAAUCGGUUGAUCGGGACGAAUCGGAAGAACACGCGAAAAAGAUCUUGGAAGUGAACGUAGACGAUUUGGAAUCGGACGACGAAACUGGAAAUUUUAUGAAACAAUGUCCGAGCGAAAAAUACGCCAACUACCCCAAAUGGAAACCCCCGAUGAUAGCGUGUGAUGUUUGUGGGAAACUUUAUGGCAAAUAUAAAUUGCAGCAUCACAUGAACAAACACAACGGGCUGAAGCCGUUCGAAUGCAAUGAGCCCAAUUGCACGUCAAAGUUCUCUGGACCACAUUACCUCAGCAGACACAAAAGACUUUGUCAUUCUGUCAAACCACUUUUAUACUGUGAUGUAUGUGGAAGAGGCUUCAAAGUGAAAGCCGGACUCGAGAACCAUCGCUCUUACCAUUUUGAUCCUAAAAUUCCGUGUAAAAUCUGCCAGAAACUGUUUCGAAACAAGCGAGCACUACUCAAUCAUAUGUUGGUUCACAGUCAGGAUCGAAAAUAUAAAUGCGAGACUUGUGGCAAAGCCUACCAAAGAAAUUACACACUUCGAAUUCACAGACGUGUUCACACACAGGAGAAGCCGUACUCAUGCCCUUGCGGAGUAUCGUUCGCCUAUAAAUGUUUACUGAAGUCACACACUGAGAAAUAUCAUAAGUAACAUUGUUGAUCCAAUGUUUUGCAUUUUUAUUGAAAUGAAGCAACGUAUUGUAGAGGAAA